AUGUCCCCAGUCCCCGUGUUUGGACCAGGCCUGGAGACGGACUAUACCAAUAUAGUCCAGAUUGUGGAAACACAGAUUGAAACUCUAACAUACAAGGCAUGGCGGCGCCACGAAGUGAUCGAGAAUUUAGAAAGACUUUGUCGCGAUCUGGUAUUGCAAGCAAGAUGCGAUGAAGGCAAGCCUCGCAGCCACCUUCUUGGAUAUGCCCAAUUCCAACGUUUCUCUAUGACACUCAGGCUUUGUUUGCCCGAGGCAAUCCUUGUCCUCAAGAGCGAUUGGACCAGUUAUCAGAUAAAUAGCCGGACUUUUGAUUGGAUGAGAGAGGAUGAUAUUGAAUACAGCGCAGCUUGUAUCCUCAAGGAGGCACUUCUUGCCGCGCAAUCGACUGAGUGGUAUAUUUGA